CGUGCAGGUGCAACAAAUGCAUGGCAUUCAGAAUGCGUGAACGAACAUAUUUUUACUGCUAAAAAACUGCGAUCAACAAUUUAUUAAGUGACAGGAAUUUCAAGAGGAAAGCAGCAGAAAUACUUCUCGUGCUAAGUUGUCACAGAGUAGAGGAAAAACAAAAGUAAACAAUUACUUGAAGAAGAAUCUACUCUUUCUCGCGCAGGAUUCCAGGUGUUUGCCCGCCCCACCCCUGCCUCCCGCUCCGCAUGGUCAUGACCAGGCGUCGGCACGGCUCAGGUGCUCAGAUCCUGCUGCUUAUCCUGCUCGGUAUCACUCAACGGCUCACUGCUGCUGCCCAUGUGGCUGGGGAGAGACACAGCGACAGGGAGAGAGAUGUGGCAGGGAUCGCUGACCUCUCCCAGAUGCAGUCCGAGUUGGGGGACAGGCAGGCAGGGAACGGCCUGGGCCAAACCCCCCGGGAGGAGCAGCUCCUCCCAGAUGUGAAUCCUGGUGCCCUAGCAGCAGCUCUGCUGGAGGUCCUCACUCAUCCAGAGGGGAAGAAGGGAGGCAGCGAGGAUGAGCAGGGGGAUCUGCUGGAGGGUGAGGGGGAUGACGGGGGUCAUGAGGAGCUGGAGGUGGCUGUGGUGGCAGCCGCUGAAGCGAGGGAAGAGGAGGAGAGGAGGAAGAGGAGGGUGGAAGAAGGAGGGGUGACAGAAGAGGUGAAAGGUCAAACCGGCAGUCAGACAGCACCUGUGGGGAAGGGGACACUUGUGGAGGAGGAGGAGAACGAUGACGAGAGCCAGGGGGAGGAGAAAGAGGGGGCGCAGAAGCUGCAGGCUGCCCUGGAGGAGCUGGAGAGCUUGGCUGCUGCUGCAGAGAGGGGUCGGGAGAUGGUGCUUCAGCGUCAGGCUCGGGGUUACUUCCCAAACAUAGACCUGGGGCUCCAGGACAAUGAGAUCCUGCCCCCGCUCAAGGGGUACAAACUGUACAACCAGCAGCUGGCCCAGGCAGGAAAGAAGCUGAAGUGGGAGGAGGACAGGAGGAAGAAUCGUCUGCAGUACAACGGCAUGGACGACUUUGAGGAGGACGGUGCUGAUGGCGCCGAGGAGGAGGAGGUCCUGACCCGUGAGGAGGAGGAGGCCAGGGCGAGGGCGGAGCAGGAGGAGAUCAGGAGACAGGUAGCGGAGGCGCAGAGGGCAAAGGCGGAGGAAGAGAAGCUGGCAGACAUUGCCUCUGACAUGCUGCUGCAGUACAUGGUGAAGAAGCAGGGGGCAGCGUACGGGGACAGCAAGAGGAAGGGCAACUUGGGGGGCAAUGCGGCCGAGGACAAGCGCUCGGACGAAGAGGACGACGAUGACGAUGACAUUGACCCCCAGACCAUCGACAAACUGAUCGAGAUUUCCAGCAAGCUGCACCUCCCUGCUGAUGAUGUGGUGGACAUCAUCAGCGAUGUAGAGGAGAAAAAGAAAAAGAAAGACUCGCCCGAAAAAUUCCCUCGUUACCGCCCUCUCAUGCCCCCCCCGGCCUUCACCCCGGUCACCCGUUACCCCCCACCUAAACAGUCACCCCCUUUCUAUGGCUCUUCCAGGAAAUGGUACAAGGACAAAUUCAAGGUGAAGUCCAGCAAGCAGAAGUACUGGUCCAAGCCACACAAGCAGGUCCUGGCCUACCCCUCAUACCCCUUUUACCAGAAGCCCUACCGCGCCUAUUAUCCAGUUUACUUCCCCUCAACCAAGCCCAAACCCAGAUACUAUGCCAAGUCAGCGCUCUCCCUCGACGACCUGCUGGGGAACUCCAUGGAUUAUGACUUUCAGCCCCCAAAGCGCAGGUACCGAAACCGCAAGAGGCCAUCUCGCCCCCGAAACCCUUACAUCUCCAAUUACAUCCUGCCCCACCCCCGGACUUACCAGGCCUUGCCCAUGCUAAAGCCCCGCUUGCCCCCCCGCCAUCGCCAGACAUUCUACUACCCCUCGGCCGCCAUGGUGUCCAGAGAUGAUGACUAUUACAACAGACUGGACGAGCAGGACAGCGACGAGGAGCUGGAGAAUUUCAUCGAGAAGGUCUAUCUGAAACGCAGAAUGUACAAGUGAAGAAAAAAAAAAAACGACAAAAAAAGAAAACCAGGAGGGACAUUGAAGAACAAAGAGAGGAAGGGAAGGAAGGAGGGAGACAGAGACAAAGACACAACUGUGGAAAGAUUGCGUUGCUGACUUUUUUUGUCCACUCUGUUGUUUUGUACUGAGAAGUGGGAGCUGUGAGAAACCCUCCCCUUUCCUGUUGUGUUUCUCUUGUGAUCUCCAUUUUGGUUUGGCUGGCGGGCACGCCAUAUGUGCCUGCGGCCUCACUGCCGCGUCAUUCAGGUCUAUCCACUCUUGCACGUGCUGAGUUUUGGUUUUACAAGGGGUCAAUCGCAAGAGACCAGUUUACACCAUUUAGCUGUUUAUUGUGUGUAAGAAGAUCUCUCCCCGUACUCGCACCCGUGUGCACGCCACACGACAAAAGAGUCAAAAACUCUUUCAGCAUUAAUCCUGAUUGGCACAGAGGUGAGUAUUCAUGAUGCAAGCACUAGUAUGGCUUCAACAGAGAAAACAAGUGUGAAAAGACAAUAAAAUACAUAUCUACACAUGCAGUCCUUUAUUUAUGUACUAUGUAUUACCAAUGCCUCUGUGACCUCAGACUAUUUCUGUCCCUUUCUUUUUCCUUUAUCAUGUGUUUGUUGAGAACAAUGCUCAGUUAUGUACAGGGAUAGUUUGUAUCUGUAGUCAUAUUAAGAAAAAAAGAUAUUAUUUUUUUGAAUUUAAUGUAAUUUAUUGUAUUUUCUGAAAGCGGUGCAAAAUACAUUCAUACAUUCCAAAUGUUUCUGAGAAACCAA